UACAGGUCAAACACAUGAUGGUGCUGGUAGACAAGUGUGCAGUCACAAUCACGACAACGCACAGUUUGCAGUGGGAUUUGAAAACUAGGCGACCAAACAAAAUGUCUAAGUUCAUUCAGAGACCAACAAGGGGAUGCAAACAGUAGCAAAAGGGCAAAGUGUUUUGUGUAUAAAAAAACAGUGCUUACUCUUAGUUUGCCUAAAAAGGGAGAACUGCAGACAGAAUUGUCAGCAAAUAUUGACUAUCUCGUUCAUCAAAAUACUUUUGCUCUCAAUUUUCAGUGUCCUUCGUUCUGGUUCUGUUGCAUUAGGAGUAAAGCAGUCUGUCCAUUUUUUUUUCCGGUGUGAGGAAUGUGACCCCUGAAACUCCCUCUUCCUUCUUUGGUAACAUUGCUGCUCUGCUACAUCAAAAGAGACCUAAAUCGCUAAAUCAGUUUUGACCACAUGACCCAGAAAAAUAUUUGUGUGUUUAGCCGAAAGGGGAUGAACUUCACACAGCAGUGAAUGAAAGUAUUUUAUUUAAUUUAUCAGCUGAAAAUAAGACAUGUAGUAAUUACUGCGUUGAGCCUAAAUUGUUUUUUCCCGUUGUUUUUCUGUUUUAGGACAAUCUUCCCUGUUGGACAUUAGUUAUAUUGUAAUUACACAUUAAUUACAUGAAAAAUACUAAAGGAGGAUCUGCAAGUGGCUGGACUUUACUGUGCUCUUACAUUAGAAUUAACAAGACUGAAAAAAAAAUGUAUUCUAAAUAUAAUGCCCUAUUUUUAACAUAAAAGCAAACCACUGACUCUCAGCACUCACUCAGUCUGCUUGGCUCUUUAAAUCAAGGCAUUUAGUCCCAUCUGCUAAACAUAACAGGCAGGCUGGGUUGUUAAGACUGCCAAAGCUUAAGGUGUUGGAACAAAGCUGUGGCUGCCUCCUUUACUUUAAGGCUGGCGCUAGAAAUGUGUAAUCUCUCUUUGAAAAGGCCACAUGUCCGACAGCAUUUAUCACACAGAGAAAGCUCAGGUCUCAGCUCUUCACAGAAAGGCUCGCAACCUUGGAAAACUUGGGUCGUGGGUCAGCUCGGGCACUGUUUGUGCUGUAGGCAAAAAUAAAAAUGUUUGCUGUAGAUCGCGUCACAUGUUUUCUCAGAUCAGCCUGAAAAAGCUGCACACUAUCAGUAAGUCUGCUUAGAAGGAAAGCCACAGCCAAUUUUUAAUUCCUUAAAGCUGCUCUAAUUUUUUAUUUUAUUGUAACACAGAGUGAUAGAGAUGUGAAAUUAUCACAUGACUGCCAGUUUACCUUCUCAACUACAGCCCUAAGACAAGUUCUACAAAAUAUGUUUAACUACUGUUUCGACCUACAGGUGUUCAGUACGUGGACAAACAAACCUCUGAUGCUGACUCACUGCCCAGACAGCAGUAACUGCUGUUUGGUCUAAAUGUGGCCCACAUCUGCAGUUUUCUAUGGGCCACUGAGAGAGAUGACUCACUUUGACUCAGACAGAAGUUCCACCUUAAACGAGCCAGAUGGAAGGUGUAUUGCAAAUUUUAGGCCACGCAUAAAAUAACAGAACAUUUUCUAACACUGUAACUGAGGAUAAGAACAAAAAUCAAUAGAGAUUAAUUCAAAUGUGAAAGAAAGAAAAUUAGAAAAAGGAAAAGAUUUCUAAAAACAAGAAGCUGAUUUCAGGUCCUUCAGAUCCAUACAUGCAUAUGUCUGGCAUUUUAUUCAAACUGUGCCUCUUACACACUGAAUAUCACUGAGCUGCACUGCACACUGCAAAGAGUUAAGAGUAUGGUAGUAGAUCCAUGCUGCUGAUUCCAAUUCAGUAUUGAUGUCCUGUCACCCCCGGGGACUACUUCUAGUGAGAACAGACCCGAGUCAGCACUUAGUGAGCACUAGCCACUGAUGAGAAACACUCACAUGCAGUAAUUAUUUUGUUUAUUCCUCAACAGCACUCUUUUUAGUCAAAAUAAGGACAAAACUGUUAAAAAUCUGAGUUUCCAAGUGCGUGCAAAAAUUAUCUGGCCACAUCUCUGUCAUCUGACAUCGGCUGCUCGUUUUCCUGCACUGAAGACAAAACAGCCGUUUCUGUGCGGGGUGACACAUCAUGCAGUCAUCCGUGCUGAGCAGCUUUAUUUUUUGGGUAACAGUAUGCUGAAUGCAUAUAUUUGCACAUUUUUGCUCACUAGCUUCUCAGCAGAUGGCAUAAAUAUGUGCAUAUAUUUUGCUUGUGAUUAUUUGCCCCCCCCUCCCCUGCGCUUCCUUUAAGGUGUGUUCCUGAACAAGCUGUAUGUCAUGGGGCUGACAGCAGAGCUGGGAGUCUGACCUCCAAACAUCAUUGGUCAGCAAACUGGGGAGGGGGAGAUAUGCUGCAGUGUCUUUUUUUUUCUGCAGAGGGAACAUGCUACAACAUUGCUUCUACCGCCUGCACAUCUCCUUGUAUGUGCAUUAGCCGUUCCCUUCUUCCCCAUUCCUCUCUGCAAAAAAUCUCUUCAUUCCAGUUUUCCACUUCACCUAUUGUGAGAAUUUAUCCCAUCGCUGCUAAAAAUGUCAGGCUAACAAAGACUUAAAGUAACACUGCUUGUCUUUUUUAAGUCCACACAUGUCCACCAAACAAUGGCAGUAUGCUGCUAUAAGACUGCAACUCCCUAUAACUACGCACACAAUCAUAUUCUGGAAGUAAAUAAAUGGAUGCAUGUCCAAAGCACAGGUGUCACUCAGUCAGUGUGUAGUGAGGGUUUGGACACGCUGAUGAUGAAGAUUUAUUUGCGAGUUAAAGCUGUUGACAUAAUUACAUAGCACAGGUUAACAACCGCUACAGCGAAGAGCCAAGAGGGCAAACUCACCUUUUGUGUUAGGGCAUUCCAACACUCCGGAGACUCAAUCUAUAAAUGAGGGAGAGGAGAUUAACCCAAGCCGCACACAUACUCCCACUGAUGGAGCUGUUGCCUCCCACCAAUUAUCCCUUUUGCAUGAGUGCAUUCAAUCACACGCGUACGCACAACACGCACCGGCCGCAAUCUGGCAACAGUAAGUGAAAUAAGUACAGUAAUGCCUGUCACUGUCCACAGGUAAGUAGGGGUGCUUCUCCUUAAUCCCUCAUUCCAGCGCCAAGUUGUUCCUCUUGGUCAGAAUCAGAUGGUUACCUGAUGGUUACUUUUCUUCUCUUCGCGAGCUGAUCAAGGUGCAUCUCAUGAGUUAGUUGGUGUUAUGGCAGAGGCUCCUGUUCUCAUCACAGCCCUUUCCACUCCAUGCGCCUUUGAUCUCACUUCAUUUCAUUGCCCUGAUUCCUGCCCCCCCCCGCUGAAUCAUUUCAAUCUAUUCUUCCUGCUUUUAUUUAUUGCAUUACUAGCUUGACCUCCACCAGCACCACCACAGUGCUGACCAUGCCAGCUGUCUUCAGUUUUUACAGGUCUUCAGCAAUCCAGGAGUUGGCACAACGCCCUGUAAGCUGCCUCAGCUUAAGUGGUGGGGUAAACCAAUCAGUGGCCUCAGGUCUGUUCCAGGAAGUACUUGCUCUGCAGCCCAAUAAUCUGAGGGGGGGAUGAAGGAGAAAAGGGAGGUGAGAGAAUGGUGUGUUUACAUAUCUUCGGGUCUGACUACAGAGAGAAGAAGGCUUUUCUUUUUCCAAACUGAAGCAAUGUAAUGUUUCCUCCUUUUCAUGCAACACAGCUGUCCUCAUCCAUAGCACUAAUCCAGUUAAUAGACAGAGUAAACAUGCUGUGUUAAAAUGUUGCUGCAGGGUCAGUGACCUUCCUUCAUCCAUCUCUGCAUAAUUAAUCGAUUAGCAGUGUGCAGGAGAGAUGGAAAAUGAAAAAGACAGGAAAAACGCUGACACGGUCUGUGGAGUUUAAGAGAUUUAAGAUGUUAAUCGCACGUUGCUAUCUCCGCAUUUAAAAGAUAGUACUUAUGUAUGCAGUUCUAUGAUACUAUAAAUCCAGAAAGUGCACAGCUGCAGCUCUCUGAGGCUAAAUGUUAACACGCUCACAGUGAAAAUUCUUAAGAUUGGUCCAUUUUUUUCCUUUUUUUCAGACCACAGUUAAAAAACUAAAUGAUGGCUGAAAAUACAGGAAAAAAUAUUUUUAAAGUUCAGUGAAAACGAUUUCAGUAGCACUUCAUUGCAGGUUUGGACUACGGCAGUGUUGUAUGGCAAAAGAUGGGACAUGCAACCCCCGCAGUAUGAUAAUUGAUGUUAAGAUAAUGAAAAUGCUUUGGCUCAACUGGCACUUGUAUCUUUAUGCUUCCAUAAAAAAAAUAAAGGUUUUUAUCUCAAGUGAAAUUCAGUUUAAAGAAUAAUUGUCAGUCUAACAUUAUUGCUUUUAAUUUAAUUUUUUUUAUGUAACUUACACCAGCUGUAAGUAAUUCCUGAUUUUCUAUCACUGCUGACCUUUUAAAGGCCUGCCAGGGUGAUUACCUUCAGAUUUAUAGGUAUUUGGACUGCCUAUGUAAUGCACUUAGCUGCAGCCUACAGCUGCAAUGAUAGUGACUUAUACUUUAAAAUGAAAUUACCUGCACUGUACAUCUCUGGUGGAAGUCAUACAUCUUUAACUCCCUGCAUUAAAUAAUUAAUUUGAACUAAAAUAAAUAUAAUCAGUGUCAUCGGUUGCAAGAGUCAGGAGUGAAAUAACAUUGAUGUUUCAUUUAUGUCCAUAGUGUAGAUAUGAUUGCCUUCUGAACUGUGGUGUUCUGGGUCCCUACCAAAAGGCCUUCUUAUUAUUCUAUUUUCUAAUAGAAUAAUAAGAAGAAAAGUUUAUGUGGGGUCAGAUAAUAUAUUCAAUUAAAGCACCCUGCAAAACAGAAACAAAUCCAUAGAUUUUUAGCACAUUAUCCAGUAUGUGUAAUGCAAUCUCCAACACAAAGAUGCAUACAAACUGUAUAAUACGGGCUCAUUGACAUUUGUUGUGUCAUUCUGUUGAAAGACCUGUCACUAUAAAUAUGUGCUGUACCCUGAAAGAGGACUCAUAGCGCCCACCAACAAACAGCACAGCAUUACUUAAGCUCAUGGUUUAAUAGCAGCGUUUUACUGCCCUCCAGUGGUUACUAACACCAAGUUCAGAUUCACAACAACAAGAUUUCACUUCUCUGUCGUUCUGAAUAAGGACAUAUCAGGUCAUGUAAUGAGAUGUCAGUUUGUACGCUGCAGUGUUCCUGCAGGCCUCGGAACAAUCAGGGAGAACUUGAUACUCUGUGAAUAAAUGUAAUAAAAUUAAAGCAGAGAGAGAGAAACUGUAAAGUGUGCUUUCUGUACAUUUGUUCAGGGUGUACUCUUAAAUAUAACUUAACAAAAACACAGUCUUAAAUGACUGUGUUUAUGCCUCUAAAUAACAAAGGUUGACCAAAGUGCUGUACUUAGUAAAAAAGUAAAAAGCAGAACAAACACACACAAAGAAUCACACAAAAGCCCAGUCACAAUUAAGUGAUGAUGGGUUUUUAAAAAUGUCAAGUGUUGGAGAGAUCCUAAUAUGAAGAGGCAGACUGUUCCAAAGUUGGGGCACAGCAAUCGCAAAGGCCCUAGCUUGUUUCUAGGGACAACUACAAGCAACUUAUUAGCUGACCUGAGAGUAGGUCUGAGAGGUAUGAUGGAGCUAACCCGUCAUAGCUAAUUUAGAGACUUAAAAACAAGCAAGAAAAUCUUAAAAUCGAUUCUACAACGUACUGGAAGCCAGUAUAAACGAGCCAAGACUGGACAGAUAUAUUCAUGUUUACGAGUGCCUGUCAAGGGUCGGGCAGCUGCAUUCUGAACUAGCUGAAGAUGAGAGAGCAGAGCCUGGCUGAUACCAAAAUAAAGAAUAUUACAUGUAUGAAUGACCAUGAGGGAAAAGCCAUGUAGGAAAAGCUUUAAAACAUAGUUGAAAGUUCAAAAUUAAGUUUUUCCAAAGUUAUGCAGUGGGUUGGAUUGGACUCUUAGCAGAGCUUAUUCUGGCACCCCUUGUGUUUGUGACCCCAAAUCGAAACCUCAUCAUGGUAAGGGAAACCAUAUCCCACAGGUGUGUGGUUCACUUGCUAUAACAAGUGCUUAGCUAUAAGAUCCUACUCCUCUUAAAAGAGAAGCAGCAGGUUUUUUUUGGAUAGUGAAAACCUCGUAUUUAUUCUGGUCCUGUCACUAUAAUAAGUGUGCGUUUUAGAGUACCACAUAUAAACUUUGAGCUACCUAAAUGACAUCUGACUAGUUUCAUAUCCUAAAAAAAACGAACUAACUAAAUAAAUAUAAAGUAACAAAUUUUUUGUUUUAAUAACUUAUAACAUAAUAAAUAUAAUUAACUAUUAAUUUAAAGGAUGCCUAAAAGAAAAAAAGAAAUAACAGCUGUCUGUUGUUACCUGCACAUAUUUACGACACUUUUCCUACACAGCAGUGUAUUUGCUCAGGCGCAUCUCAGUCGCUGUUUAACUCACCGCGGAUGUUAAACAUGUUUAAAGAAACGGUUCCCGGUUUAAUAUAUGAAACCACCGACAAAUGUUUCAGAAGGCACGAACAUAAUAGACGACCGGCUGACUCAAUCUGUUUACACCACGCCUUCCUGAAUCCUGUCUACGGUCUACACGCAAGUCCAAAAAGUUUGUUCGGAAACUAGACGUCAAAUCACCCGACGUGUCUCUGGAGUGUAGGAUAUGAUGCAUAUAAAUUUUAUGCAAACUUAAUAUCUCAAUAUCUGUGGCUAUCCGCCUGCGUGAAAUGGUUAGCUCUCCAGUGGAUACCCACCACCGAAGAAGAAGCGAAACCACAGUUUCAUUUCCUCAUAAGCGCCGCUGUGGCUGUGUGCGUUCAGCGAUAGAAGCCGUGCAGCUGCAGGGGGAAUCUUCUGUCUGGACUCUGACUGUCGAAGGUAUUGUGCAGUGUUCACAUCUGGUCUUUGAAAUGAUGUGCGCCCAUCGUGCCCGUCUCCUGUCAUGGAUCCUCGUCACGUGUUGUGUUUUGACGGGACCGUACCGUUGCGAUGCCUCUGAGAAGAAGACCUCCUGCUAUGUGGAAGACGGCCGAGCUGACUGCAGUCGCCUCCGCCUCAGUGCAAUCCCUUCAGACCUUCCCAGGAACAUCACCAGCCUGGAUGUGUCCCACAACAUACUGAGAGGGAUUGCCCCGCUGUCACUAAGCCUGUACCCAGGCCUCCUGCACCUCGACGCCGGUUACAACAGCAUCACCAAGGUGGACGCGGGUUUGUGCCAAACACUGCCUCUGCUGCAGAUGUUGAACCUGGAACACAAUCAGGUGCAUUUGCUGAAGACUGGAGAUAUGAGCCACUGCACCCGACUGACAUCAUUGAACUUGGCUAGUAAUAGACUAAAGCUGCAGGGAGAACCCUUCUCGUCACUGCAGAACCUAACCUUUCUAGAUGUUUCUAAAAACAAACUGCAGUCACCCAAGCUCGGCUCCCAGCCUCAGCUGCCCAGCCUGGUGAACUUCAGCCUGGCAUUCAAUGACUUCACCACUCUGAAGAAAGAUGACUUUUCAUUUCUUGACCAUUCAUUCUCUCUGCAAGUCCUCAACCUGUCAUCUGUGUUUUUAAAAACAUUGGAGCCCGGCUGCUUUCAGCACAUUUCAGGCCUGCGCACUUUAAUCAUGGAUGGGGGCAACUUGGGAACUCUGAUGGUUUCCAAACUGUGCUCAGAGUUGUCUGGGACAGCCAUCGAUGCUCUCUCUCUUCGGAAAAUGAGUCUGGUCACGGUCACAAACAAAGUCUUUACAGGACUGCAGAAGACAAAUCUAACCUUCUUGGAUCUGUCCAGUAAUGGCAUGGGUAAAAUUGAAGAUGGCUCAUUUCAGUGGCUAUCUAAACUUCAAACUCUAAAUUUGUCGCACAAUAACAUUAAGCACCUAACCAAUGGGACAUUUCAGGGGCUCAAUAGAUUGAAAAAACUGGCACUUACAGAAGCACUGGUGAAAGGUCGUACCGCUUCCCCAGUUAUUGAUGAUUUUGCUUUCCAGCCAUUAGGCAUGCUAGAGAGUUUGAUGUUACAGAGGACUGCAAUCCGGGAAAUCGGAGAGCACACCUUUGCAGGCUUAAAAAGUCUUAAAAAACUUGACAUAAGCUGGAUUAGCUGUCCGUCACUCCGAAACAUCACCAACAAGACCUUAGCAUCUCUUGCAGAUUCACCAGUCAGAUGGCUAAAUCUUAUAAAUACAAAUAUAGCGCAGAUCAAUCCCGGAAGCUUCUUUGUUUUGCGAAACCUCACCGUUCUUCUUCUAGAUUACAACCAUAUCAAGCAAACUUUGACAGGCAGAGAAUUCGAAGGCCUAGAUCAGGUUCAGGAAAUUCACAUGAGCAAUAACUUCCAGUCAAUUGACCUAAGCUCCAGUUCCUUUAUUAAUGUGCCCAACCUUAGAGUCCUGACUUUGGGGAGAAGUCUUAAAGCUUUAGCCCUAAACCUAGAUCACUCUCCAUUCAAACCCCUGACCAACCUCUCUGUCUUGGAUCUCAGCAACAACAAUGUUGCUAACAUCAAAGACAAUCUGCUAGAGGGGCUUGUAAACCUAAAGGUGUUGAAACUCCAGCACAACAACUUGGCCCGACUGUGGAAGAGUGCCAACCUUGGUGGGCCGGUGUUGUUUCUCAAAGAUGCGCAGAGGUUGGAAUCCUUACAGAUGGAUUAUAAUGGACUGGAUGAGAUCCCACUGAAGGCUUUGAAAGGUUUGACUCACCUCAAGGAGCUAAGCCUUAUCAACAAUCUCAUAAAUAAUCUCAAGGACUCUGUUUUCGAUGACCUGAAGUCGCUGCAGGUAUUACGUUUUGAGAAGAACUUGAUCACAAGCGUGAGACCUGAAGUGUUUCGUACUCCCAUGAGCAACCUCACCCAGCUUAUCAUGGGCAGAAAUCCAUUCGACUGCACAUGCGAGAGCAUCCUGUGGUUCGUGACGUGGUUGAAUACCACAAAUACGACGAGUGUGCCAAAUGUCAGGGACGAGUAUGUGUGCAACACUCCACGAGCUUACUUUAACCACUCCAUCAUGGAUUUCGACCCCCUUUCUUGCAAAGACAUGACCCCAUUUCAGACUCUUUACAUAGUGAGCAGCACAGCCGUCAUCUUGCUAAUUGUAACCGCACUCACGGUGCGGUUUCAUGACUGGAGGAUCCACUUUUACUGGAACAUAAUGAUCAAUCGCACAUUAGGAUUCAGUGAUGCCAAAGUUGACGAAGGCAGAGAAUAUGAGUACGACGCUUAUGUCAUACGUACGGAGGAAGACUCCAGUUGGGUGGAGAGGAGGUUGGUCCCUUUAGAGAAUGAAAAGUGCCAGUUUUGUUUAGAGGAUCGAGAUUCAGUCGCUGGCAUGUCACAGGUGGAAUCCAUUGUGACAAAUAUGAAAAAGUCCAGAAAAAUCAUGUUUGUCGUCACCGAAAGUCUCCUCAAAGAUCCCUGGUGUAGACGAUUUAAAGUCUAUCAUGCACUUCAACAAGUCAUCGAAGAAAGCAGGGACUCAGUCAUCCUGGUCUUUCUUCAGGAUGUGCACGACCACAAAUUGUUUCACUCACUCUUCCUCCGCAGAGGAAUGUUACGUUCACGUUGCAUUCUGGACUGGCCUGUCCAUAAGGAAAGGAUACCAGCAUUUCACCAGAAGCUUCUCAUUGCGCUCGGCUUGACUAAUCGGCUGAAGGACUGACUUGUUUAUCCUUGAUAAUCAUGACAGAUUGCAUUCUUGAUUCUUUCCACAAUAAAAAUAGGAUUUGAAGACCUCAAGUCUAUUCUUAAUGAUGAGUUUCACAACUCAGUGUAUAUCAGUAAUGAUGUAUACAGCGAGAGACCGCAUUCACUUAAUUUUAAUGUACACUCAGUGAUUUUAUUCUACAAGCAGCUUAAAAUAUGACAGAAAUCAUUCUGUUUGGAAAAGAGCCUCAGGGGUUAAUGGGUAAAAGAAUUAACAUAAACUAGUGUUUGUAUGUUACUUCCAAUUUCUGAUUGUGUUGCCUUUUGUAUAAACAUUGCCUGUUUGGCACCCGGGCGAACACUCCCUCUGCCCCACACACAUAUGAAGAGAGAGGAAGUAUGCAUUGUAUGCAAACGGCUACCAAACAGCCAUCAUAAUUCGUCAUACAAUGAGAACAGGACAAAUCAA